CGCCUUACCAUAAACGAUCCUAAAGAAGCAUUCACUAGGAGCAUUACUAGAUUUUGCCUAAAAAGAGUUAUUACUUGGUAACAUAAUACAAAGCGACAGCAAUGUACAAAACUACAACAUUCGUAGUAAACACAUUCAGUGUGAUACUAGUAAUUCUAAGUUGCCGCGCAUCUGAAGCAGUGAGAUUUUUCCACCAUCCAAAAGAUCAUACAGCGGUAGAGGGAACACGGACACAUUUCACCUGUAUCUUCAGGGAAAUCACCGACGACAUGGUAGGAAAAUAUGAAGUCAUCUGGACUAAAAAUCAUUACCCCAUCAGCGAACCAAGUAAUGGAUUUGAUCAGAAUCGGUUUAGUUUUGAAAAUCACUAUGAAGACAGAAAACAUUUUUUAAGGAUUGAUCCUGUGAUGAGGAAGGAUGCGGGAGGGUACCGAUGUCAUUUUCGCUAUAAAGAAGUAGAUAUAACAUCUGACGUUGGUAUACUCACCAUUCAUGAAGUCCCAUCAAAGAAAUACCCACUCGUUACACUUGAAAAAUCAACUUACAGUUCUGGUGAUGUAGUCAGGGUAAGAUGUCUCUCUGAAAAGACAAAUCCUAAACCAGGUCUGCAAUGGGCAAAUAACAAUGUGCAACUAAAACCAAUCGAAUCCGAAGAUUACACACAUUUUUGGAUUGAAUCAACAUUUAUCGCAACUUCUCAUCUCAAUGGUGUUCGCAUUGGAUGUAAAUUAUUAGUAGAAAGUUAUUUGGCUCCAAGAUACUCAGAAAGUGAAUGUCUUUAUAUCACUGAUGCUAAGCCUCCAAAUAGUCAGACACACCAAAAAUAUGGGUCGUGUUUCUCGUUCAAUGGGGGUACUCGGCCACUCACUUAUUAUUUAGGAGUUGCUGUCGCACAAAGCGUAUGUGCUUCAUUAAUAAUCAUUGAUAUGACAAAUCGAAUCGUCAUUUAAUCGUAUAUGAACAUGUAUAGUUUAAAACUAUAGUUUUAUUAUAACUAAGACACCUAUAUUAAUCAAAAAUAUAAAUUUUGGAAGUGUUUCUCCUUACAAAUAUUACUAUCAUGUGAUUAAGCAUUACCGUAAUUUUGUGUAACACAAAAUACUCCUGGUGGGAUUUUUGCUAUCAAACAGGGCCGUAUCUAUGAUUUCCAUUGGUGGUGGAGGUGGUACAUGGGUGUGAAAUAAUACUAACUGGGUAUGUGGUCACCUAGAAUUCUCGUGUGAGAGAAGGUUAUAGCCUGUUGGAUAGCAUUCUCGGUAUAUUAGGAAUUUCAAUGGUUUUAUCAGUCAACUUUAGUCUUGUAUACUUGAAUAAGUAUAAAACUCUAUGGUUAUCAAUAUUAUUUUCAGAAUAUUGAUAAUCUUCGCCCCAACCCUUAUCACUUCCUUUCUGGAAACCAGCCCUGAGAAAAUUAAUUUCAGAAGUAAAAAAAUGUUUGACUUGGAUAAUAUAUGAUCUACAUUGUUUUUAACUUCUAUUCUACAAAAUUGAGCUUUAUAACACUAUUUCCAUCUCCUCAAGUAAUAAACAAUUUAUUAAUAUGCAAACUUCAUUGCCCAAAUACUAACACAACGAUAGAUUACUGGUUAAAUGUAAAGUACCGUAUUUAAUGCUUAUUACAAAAACUAACAAUUUUUUUUUAGUACAAUCUUCCUAAAAAUAUUGGAACUUUUUCGAUUUUGGGAGGAGUGCGUAUGCACUCAUCGCACCCUCUGUAUAGCCUACGGGCUUAUAGAGGUGUUUUUAAGGAUAAUUAACUACGAGAACCAAUGCCAACCAGGCUAGGUUUAAAUAAUUAUUUUCAAGACAACUGUUCGAAUCCCACCGACAGUAAGUUCAGUAAG